AUGGCCCUGCCACUCCGCUGUGCUCGCUCUGGAGCGGCGUUGCCAGCCAGAUUGCCCGCGACGCGCGCAAGCAAGUUCUCGACCUCAGUGUGCCGCCAGCAGAUCAAUUCAGAUGUCAGGAUAACAAGAACUGGCAAGCCCAUUUUGACCGUCUCCGGCGGACGAUCCUCACUCGGAGGAUACACAGCGACCGUCUUUGGAGCCACGGGUUUCUUGGGGAGGUACAUCGUGAACAGACUGGCUCGAUCAGGAUGCACCGUUGUGGUCCCCUUCCGGGAGGAGAUGGCAAAGCGCCACUUGAAGGUCACUGGAGAUCUGGGCCGCGUCGUCUUCAUCGAAAUGGAUCUCCGAAACACUGCGUCGAUUGAAGAGAGCGUGCGACACUCUGACAUUGUCUACAACCUCAUUGGCCGCGACUACCCCACUAAGAACUUCAAUCUGGAGGAUGUACACGUCGAGGGAACGGAGCGCAUCGCUGAAGCCGUCGCUAAAUACGACAUUGACCGCUUUGUCCAAGUUUCGUCGCAUAACGCAAACCUCGACUCACCGUCAGAGUUCUACCGCACCAAGGCCCAGGGCGAGCAAGUAGCGCGAUCCAUCUACCCGGAAACCACCAUUGUUCGACCUGCGCCCAUGUUCGGUGCUGAGGACCGUCUGCUCCACCGUCUUGCUUCUGCGUCAAACGUCAUCACCUCCAACUGGUUGCAAGAGCGCAUCAGGCCCGUUCAUGCUAUCGAUGUCGGUAUGGCUCUCGAGAGGAUGUUGCACGACGACACUACCGCUGCCGAGACCUACGAACUCUACGGCCCAACCGAGUACACCAUGCUCGAAAUCAACGAGCUCGUUGAGAAGGAAGCAAUGAAGAAGCGCCGCCACGUCAAUGUCCCCAAGCGCAUCAUGAAGCCCAUCGCACACUACGUUAAUCAGUACCUUUGGUGGCCGAUCCAUUCCGCUGAUGAGGUCGAGAGGGAGUUUAUUGACCAGGUCAUCGACAAGAACGCGAAGACGUUCCAGGACCUGGAUAUCGAGCCUGUGGAGUUGAAGAGCCUGACGUAUGAGUACUUGAAGGGGUACCGGAGUUCGGCGUACUACGAUCUUCCGCCCAUGUCGGAGAAGGAGAAGAGGGAAGAGAAGAAGUAUUUGCAUGUCUUGGAUGAUCAAUAGACGCCAUUGGGGCGGUGAAAGUCGAAAAUGAGAAGCUUUGUAAAUAUUUGUGCUCUGUACCCGGCUAGCUUGCUCUGUAGAAUCAAUUCUCUUUGUUUUAGGUAUUAGCCGUCAAUUGUGUGACGAUAUUGGACAUCGCAGGGUAGUCUAAUCAGAAUACUCUCAAGCUCAACGACAGGCGACACCGAGUGCUGCAAGAAUCCAGGAUCAUUUUCUUUU